CUCUGAGCAGACCGGGACACGGUGGCACAGUUCCCUGCUCCACUUCCAGAACAUGAGAGAGUGAAGAACACCCCCCCAUCUACACACUCACUCGGUUCAGAGGGAAGACAGCGUGGCGGUGAAGUUUGACAAGAGAUUUGGUGUUUGGGCUGUCUCUCUCUCUCUCACACACACACACACACACACACAGAGCGAUGGGGCUGUGCCCCAAACUCGCCUUCUUCCUGUGGCUCCUCUCCCAGGCUCAGUGCUGCUCGGAACUGCUCACCAACACUUGUAUCUGUCUGGAUGAGAGGGCGAAAGGAACCAGUUACCCGGAGGUACGGAGGAAGGUGGUCUGCAGUAAGCAGGAGCUGCAGGAUGUUCCUCCGAGCAGCCUGCUCCCCAACAGGACUGGACAUCUGAUACUGAGCAACAACAAGAUUGCAAUCCUCAAGACUGGUGCUUUCUCUGGACUUCAGGCCCUUGAGAAACUUCUGUCUGGAUCCAAAUCUCUGAGGAUUGGUCCAAAUCACGCCUUUCAGAUUUCACAAGGUAAUCAGAAACAGUCCGACUUGGUGACUCUAUCACGUUCUCAGGAGCUCGCACUGAGAAAAGUCCAGGAAGGAUUGCGAGGCACCCAACAGGAUAUUGGCUGCCAGGGAGACUGGAUCCUGCUGGCUGGAUCCCACAGUAGACUGGAUCCUGCUGGCUGCGUCAUACAGGAGACUGGAUCCUGCUGGCUAGUUCCUCCAGGAGACCGGAUCGUGCUGGCUGGAUCCCCCAGUAGACUGGAUCGUGCUGGCUGGGUCCUACAGGAGACUGGAUCCUGCUGCCUGGGUCCCACAGGAGACUGGAUCCUGCUGGCUGGAUCCCACAGUAGACUGGAUCCUGCUGAUGGACCACUGGAGCUGCCGAUUCUGCAGCUAAUACCAUCUCUUCGGCAGGUGGUUUUCCAGGGAGAUCGUCUGCCAUUCCUGUGCACUGCGACAUAUUUGGAUAACAGCACCAGAGUCCUGUGGUACCACAACAACAUAUUGGUGCAGCCCCAGGAAGGGGGAGCUGUGGUCAUUGUCGACAGCCUGAUUCAUGACUGCUCUCUGAUAUCCAGCGAGCUGAUCCUUUCACACGUCUACCUGCUUGCUAGUGGAGAAUGGGAAUGUGUCAUCACAACCUCGCGUGGCAAUGCAUCCAGGAAAGUGGACAUUGUGGUCAUCGACACAUCUGCAACAUACUGUCAGGCUGAAAGGGUCACCAAUAACAGGGGCGACUUCAGGUGGCCUCGUACUCUGGCUGGGAUCACUGUCUCCCAGCCUUGCCUGCAGUAUCCCUAUCCCUCCAGCUCCGACAACGGAGCCUCCUUGGAGAAGAGGACUUUUCGGAAAUGCCAGCGCUCAGGCCAGUGGGCGGAGGCAGAUUAUUCUGAGUGUCUCUACACCAAUGACUACACCCGUGUCCUGUACACUUUCAUCCUGAUGCCCAUCAACAGUUCCAAUGCCCUGACCCUUGCUCGCCAGCUGCUGGCCUACACCGUUGAAGCUGCCAAUUUCCGUGAUAUGAUGGAUGUGAUUUAUGUGGCUCAGAUGAUCGAGAAAUUCAUCAGCUUCACCGCUCAGAUCCAUGAUCUCGGUGAUCUGGUUGUGGAAAUGGCCAGUAAUAUGAUGUUGGUGGAUGAGCGCAUUCUGUGGUUGGCACAGCAGAAGAGUGCUGCCUGCUCGAGGAUUGUCCAAUCGGUGGAACACAUCGCUGUCCUCACCCUGGCAUCGGAUUCCCAGGCCAUCACCAAGGUAACACUCCAUCGCCAGAACAGCAUUGCCCUGGCAUCAGUGCAGUUGCCUCCUUCCCUGUUGUCCCGCUCGGCCCCUGGCAUGGCUGGGAACAGCUCCAGUUGCCGGCUGCAGUUUGUGGUAUUCCGUAAUGGGAAGCUCUUCCCGAGCACCGGAAACUCGAGCAGCCUCGCUGAUAACAGCGGGCAGCGGAUCCCCUCUACUCCGGUCAUCUUCACCGGGACAGAUGGUUGUGGUGUGAAUGAGAGCAGGGAGCCCAUCCUGGUUUCCCUACGUCACUGGCAGUCGGGUGAAGACCAGGUGGCGGCCUGUUGGAACUUUGAGCUCCUCGAUGGCUAUGGAGGCUGGCAAACCGCAGGGUGCCAAAUCACGCAGACCAAAGCCAACAUCACAAACAUGUGGUGUCACACAUUGAGUAACAUGGCAGUCCUGAAGAAGAUCAGUAACCACCCAGCGCUAGCUCCUGGUGCCAUCCAGGUUCUACACCCUAUUAUCUACAGCUGCACUGUGGUCCUCUUAGUCUGCCUGUUCAUCGCCAUCAUAUCGUACAUCCUGAAGCACAACACAAUCCGGGUCUCCAGGAAGAACUGGCACAUGCUCCUGAACCUGUGGUUUCACAUCUCGAUGACGUGUGCUGUAUUCACCGGGGGGAUCAAUCAGACCGAGUAUGGGCUGAUCUGCCAAGUGAUUGGAAUAGUCCUCCAUUACUCAUCUCUGUCGACCCUGCUGUGGAUCGGAGUGGCAAUGAGGGUCAUCUACAAGGAAGUGACACAGAAACCUCAACGGCAACAGGAGCCUGAGUUGUCUUCACCCAGCCAGCAGACAAUGCUCAGGUUUUACCUCAUCGCUGGAGGCAUUCCCUUAAUAAUUUGUGGAAUCACAGCAGCGGUGAAUCUGCACAAUUACAGUGACUACAGCCAAUAG